UAAGGUCACAGUUGAUUUACUAUUUUUCGAGGGCUGAGCUGUUACAUUUUAUACUCCGUGUUCAUCAACACGCUCAACUUGUUAUAAUUAUUAUCUAUAAUUAUCAGUGCAUUUAAUUAAUAUUUGUGUUGUGAUAAAUAUUAAUAUAAACUAUUGGUGAAUAAAAUAAAAAAAUAAAUUGUAACAAAAUGUUUGGCACGUGGAUGAUAAGUUUGGUGGUGUGUGUUAUGGUGGCGGAGAGUUUUGAUCUCGGACCAAUGAUCAGGAUAGCACGUUGCAGAAUUCAGUGCAUAAAAAAGCACAGCUUUGACGGUACUUGCAACUGGUACUCUAAUCGCAGUGAAACAACCUGCAAUGAAUGCUGGCAAAACUGCGAAUCUCUUGAGACACAGUUGGAGGCCACGAAAUCCAUUUGCGAAAGAGACGACUAUCCUUGUUGUCCAGCAUGCCAGACGGCCUGUCAAUACCACAAGACGAGGACCGAGGAGGAAUAUUUACCGUCUAGCCUUCCAGCGCCAAGCAGAGGGCCUCUAAAAGUUGAUAAUCAUGACAUCGCAAUUCUGAUGCGCAAAGUGGGCAAACCUGCUGUCAAUGGCGGGUGGAAAGAGUCUGGUUUCUUUUCGGGCAACCGCGCGCCCUUACUCAGACAAGACACUUGGAUCAUCAUCGUAUCCGCAGACGGAGUUAGACACUACAGUUGGGAAGAGUGGACCCCGACUCUCGAGUGGAUGGCUAUCCUCGAUGAUAAUCCAUUUGUCGACGCAACUCUCACGUGGUAUGACGUUGAAGAGCAGCUUGCAAAGCAUCGUGACCUCGAACGAAAAAAAUUCAAUGACUAUGUCAGAGAAUUUUAUUUAGAAAAAUAUGGAGAAAGAGUACUCGUUGAACUUAGUCAGGAUACGCCAAUUACCGAAGAUGUUUUCCGAAGAUUUUUUUUCAAAAAGCGGACCGACGAGAUCAUUCAACCCUCAGACAAAUCAGAUGAGCCGCGCUUAAAUCAGCCUGCUAACAAUAACGACGAUGACAGAAUUUUUGAAAAAUCUUUAAACAAAAAAGAGACAUUUGUGGUGUCUUGGGAACCGGAAACUGGUGGUCCAAUGGGAAAUCAAGUCGUUGACACAAAAUCAGCGGAAAUUUCUCUUCUUCCCGACACAAAAUAUUUCGUAAGGAUCGCCUCCAACGAUGGCCCCGGUAGUUUUCCCAUUGAGAUCGAUACCAGGCCCCUAACCAUCGAAGAGGAAAGGAUGAAAGCAGAACGUAAUACAAACACUGACUGGUAUUUUUAUUUAUUUAUAGCCCUUUUGCUCAGCGCAAUUAUGAUAAGUAUAAUUUGCAAAGUACUGGGAUGUUGUGAAGCUAAAAAAAUUUCCGAUGAUCAAGUCAGUGAUGUCACCACCAUAACAGUGGUAACACGCUUAGAAGACAUGUAAUAUAACAAAUGUAAUGAAAAUUUUACAUUUUUGUAAAUCCACCGCUAAAACGCACAUGGGCGCGCAGAUUGUUCAUCCCUCGAUCAAAUGCACAGAAAAGCCAACCAGUCAAAUAAAUAAUAUUUUCUACAUAAAAAAAAUUAUAUAAAAAUGUUAAAUAUAAGAUAUUCAAAUUUUUAAUUUUUUUUGCCAGAAAAAGAAUUAAAAAAACUCUUAUAUUUUUACUUAGUUAUUUUUUUUUCAGACACUUUAUGUCAAAUUUUGAUUUUUUCAUGACUUAUAUAUGUCAGAUUUACGUUAAUUAUCUUACGUAAAUGAGUGUAACAAAGUUGUGCGUCACAUGUGACUUAGAUGUUACUUGAGUUUUACGUUACCGAAAGUAUUUGGUUCUGUAAAUGUUACUUAUUACGUCUCUGUUACGUUGCUGUGUUCACUGGGAAAUUGUUUAAUAGUAAUUUACCCAUUUUUUAAUUUCUUUGUACAGUUAUUGUUAACUAUUAUUAUUAUUAUUAAUAAGUAUGAAAUGUAAAUAUUAAAAUUUGCCAAGUAUUUGCUCAAUUAAGAGACGAAUAGACUGUCUAUGAGAGUUCCUGAAUGUAUUUAAUUGUAAAUAAAAACCAAAAAUGUAAAUAUUAUCUAUAAAUAUCAUAUGUAAAUUAAUAAAUAAAUAGUAAUGACAUAAAUGAAAUAUUUAAAUUGUUUUAUUUGUUUCUGAGGGUAAUAAAUUAAGUUUCGUUAAAAUAAAUUAUGCUCUAAUUUAA